AUGUCACAGAAGAAGCUGACCUUCUAUCCAGCUCAGUUCCUUCGCAAUGCAACUCCGCUCGCAGUUGCCCCCGCUCCAAAGCGGAACCUCCGUCCCAAAAUCAAUCCCUUCCUAAAGAAGCGACAGAAAGUCGCGCAGGCCUCUACCAACCAAGCUGUAUGGGAUCAAAAUGAGUGGGCCGAUGUCAGAGGGCAGGCUGAGCAAAUCGAGCUCUUCCAGACCUCGACAUGUGCAACAUCCCAGACCAAUAUCACAACUGCAGGAGAAACCCACCUGAGAACGAUUCUAAUUGAUCCCAACGGAGUCGCGCUUUCGAGCGCGCAAAAGGUUGCCUUCGAUAAGGCUCGCAUCAACAAUACCAACAGCCCAGCUGGUAUGGGAUACUCCUGA